AUGGCGUCGUCGAUGCUAUUUGCUCGCACUUUGCCGCGUGCGCUUGCACCGGUGCCGAUCAUGCCGUCUAUGCGUACCUUUUCCAUCCUGAGCGUGCGUGCGCGUGCGCAUCCUGUGGAGCCAGAGGGCACCACGGGCCCGCUCCAUGUGUCGCCAGUGCACGACACGCUGAAUGUGCACCGUGACCAUUUGCAGCAGCGCCCGCGCUCGCCCGCGGUGCGCCCGCCGAAGAUGGAGCCUGACUACAAUGUGGGCCCGAGUGCGCUGGAGAAGGCCGGCCACCUCUUCCUGUUUUCCGAGAUGGUGCGUGGUCUUUGGGUCACGCUGGAAAACUUUUUCCGUCCGCCAUACACGAUCCAGUACCCCUUCGAAAAGGGCCCGCUGAGCCCGCGCUUCCGUGGUGAGCAUGCGCUGCGUCGCUACCCGACGGGCGAGGAGCGCUGCAUUGCGUGCAAGCUGUGUGAGGCGAUCUGCCCUGCGCUUGCAAUUACGAUUGAGAGUGAGCCGCGUGCGGACGGCUCGCGCCGUACGACCCGCUACGAUAUCGACAUGACCAAGUGCAUCUACUGUGGUAUGUGCCAGGAGGCGUGCCCUGUGGAUGCGAUCGUCGAGACCCAGACGCUCGAGUUUGCUACGGAGACGCGUGAAGAGCUUUUCUACAACAAGGAAAAGCUCCUUGCGAAUGGCGACCGUGCCGAAAUGGAGAUUGCCUCCAACAUCUAUGCUGACCACCUGACUCGCUAG